ACUGAAAGAAUACCUUCACAUCAAUACAUCGUGGUGUUGGUGUAGUCAAUCGAAACGUUGUUGAACGUCUCUCAUGUCAAGCACGAGAGUACAAGAUAAACUAGUCGAAUUGUCAAAUGGUAAUCGAUGUGGAAGAAAUGCGUAUUCUAAAUCAUGACUUUGAUGGAGAUUAAAGAUGCACUUGCAUUAUCCGCAACGAUUUGCACUGGUUUACAGUUUCUAGCUGGCAUACUGGUGUGCAAGAAAUAUAUUAGAAAUGGUACAACUGGGGAUAGUUCAGGACUGGCCUUUGUAACAUGUUUCAUGUCUUGUAGUCUAUGGCUGAGAUAUGGAAUGCUUAUUGGAGAUCUGUUUAUUAUAUCUGUAAAUAUAUUUGGAACAAUAUUACAAAUAUGUUACGUGUGCGUUUAUAUUUUAUACAACGUGAAAAGAUCAACUACUAUUAAGCAGUUUACGGUAGCGAUUGGUUUGGUUUCGCUUGUAUAUCUCUACAGUAUUUAUCAAGAAGAUAAAGUUUUAGCCGAGAGACAUGUAGGAUUUCUCAGUUGCAGCCUGACUAUUAUAUUUUUUGCAUCGCCAUUGAUAUCACUUGCACAUGUAAUAAGAAUGAAGAGCACAGAAAGCUUGCCAUUCCCAGUCAUAAUGGCUUCUAUGAUAGUGUGCUGCCAGUGGUUCGCAUAUGGAUGUCUACUCAGUGAUCAAUUUAUACAGAUACCGAAUUUUAUGGGUUGCGUUUUGUCAGGCUUUCAACUUUCUUUGUUUUUGAUUUACCCAAGCAAACGAGCAGAUCAAACCUAUUUUAUAUGAGAAAAUUAAUACCCGUUGCUCGGUAGAUCAGAUCGAUUACUGCUCAAGUAUUACGUUAUAAAUAUGUAAUGUAUAUACAUAUAAAUAUAAAAUAUAUAUAUUAUAAAUCAACAAUUUUUCAUAAAGCAGA